AUGAUGCCGGGCCGCAGGAGACCUGAGGAAGGACCCCUGAGCCGGGAGGCAGGAAAGGCCCCGCCGGGGCUGCCCGCGGCGCGCCUGAGCUGGCGCGGCUUUAAGAAACUGCCUUGUAACAGGUCCCACCCCUCUCUCUCCUCCCUUUCUUACACCAAGAGGGGAAAAACACGGAACCACUGGUCACCAUACGCCUACUACCUUUACUGUUACAAAUACCGGAUCACCCUCCGGGAGAAGAUGCUGCCUUGUUGUUAUAAAAGCAUCACUUACAAGGAAGAGGAGGACCUGACCCUUCGGCCCCGCUGCUGCCUGCAGUGCUCCGAGUCCCUAGCAGGCCUCCAGGCGGGCAGAAGUACAGAGCACAGGACAGACCAAGACCAGCCUAAAGUGCUGUACUCAGCUGGGAACCUGACAGUACUUUCUACUGACCCUCUGCUCCACCAGGACCCAGUGCAGGUAGACUUCCACUUCCGCCUCACCCCACACAGCUCUGCCCAUUGGCACGGCCUUCUUUGUGACCACCGACUCUUCCUGGAUCUCCCCUAUCAGGCCUUGGACCAAGGCAACCGAGAAAGUUUGACAGCAACACUGGAGUAUGUGGAGCAGAAGACCAAUGUGGACUCCGUGUUUGUGAACUUCCAAAACGACCGGAAGGAGAAAGGUGACCUGCUGCGGGCCUUCAGCUACAUGGGCUUUCAUGUGGUCAGACCAGAUCACCCUGCCCUUCCUCCCUGGGGCAAUGUCAUCUUCAUGGUGUAUCCGCUUGAAAGGGACUGUGGCCACCUGCCCAGUGAGUCUUCCUAAAUAUGCUUUUUCCACCUCUGUGAGGGGCCAGAAGCCGUGACAUGCAGGACUCGAGGGCCUAGGAUGUAAUGUAGGUCACCGCCAUCCUAGGAAUAAAGGGCAGCGCAAUCA